AACGACGCAUGUGCUCAACAAAAAAUCAUUAUAUUUAAUAUGGUAGACAUUGUAGAAGCUUUGAAUAUUAAUUGGUCUCCCCAACAACUUAUAAUGGAGAUAUAAAGGAGUUAAGAGUGUCAGAGAAAGAUGCUCGGAAUUUCAGAAUUUUGGCGUUCGCGGUAGGCUCGCCUCUAACAAGCUCCAUAAUACUAUCGUAAGAAAAAGAUAAUAUGUUUCUCUCUAAUGUCUACGCUCCAGUCCAGUGACCAGUGCCCUGGUUAAAAACUAUGAUAAACAAGCGGAGCGGACCGCAACCCUGGCCCUGUGAGCAUAUUUGUCUUUCUCUCUCUUACUCAUACCUAUGUUCUUGACAGACGUUACGGCGGACAACCUUCCUCACGAUCGAUCAUGGUGGCGGUCCGGUACGCCUAUCAGUAACUGCUUUAAGAACCACUAAAUUAAGUAAGGUUUUGUGAAGCGUUUUAGAGAAGAGAAAAAACUAUAUCCAUCCCUUUUCAGGGCCAUAAUACUAGCACAGUAAAAUACUCUCUGACUAUGCACAUAUGAGAAAACAUCCUGGCCAAACUAUAUAUUCCAUUUUAUCCUAUUAUCCCACAUACAUAUAACUCAUGGUCAUCCUAAUUAGAAAAAGAUGCAACGGCCCACUUUGACUUCUCAUGUGGACACACUUUUUGGCCAAUGAACACUGUCCGGAUUAUUUUCUAGGUCCGUGGUUUUGACAUUAAUGACAUUUCCUUUGUCUUAUCUGUCAAUUUUGUUUUGGUAUUUGUAAAUAUUGAACAUCCUAUUCUAUCUUUAUUUAAGUUGCAAAUUUUGCUAUAUAAUGAGUGAGAGCUUUCAAAAUUGUUGUCGAAUAUGUCUAGAUGUAGAUUCAGAACACGUAUCCAUACUUCAAGAUCCUAUAAUCCAUCUCCACGUAAAGUCUUGCCUUGCAAUGACUAUUUCGGCAACAGAUACGCUCCCAAAAGAAAUUUGUGGUUCCUGUGUAUCACAAUUAAGUGAAUUCUACAAUUUCCAACUGAAUGCACGCUGCUCACAAGACUGGUUGGAAUCUUCUGCUGAAGAACAGUCAAAAAAAUCAACUGAGAACAAGACGCCCAUUCAGCCAUUACCUGACUCCGAAUACAACUCAGACUCGCUCCUAGAAUUUUUAAAUAACACUGCUAAUAUAGAGGAGUAUUUACACAAUUUGGGAAAGGAAGAUAUACCAUCUAUAGUGAAUAUGUUAGAUAGGAAUAAUGAAAAUUCCAUGGAUGGAGUAAGUAAAAUCUUACAUGCUAAAUCAAUUAAAACCACUAGUCCAAAAAAGAAAGAUAAGAUUAAAACUGGCUUAAGCAUGGAGGUAGAUGUAUUAGACUCUGACAUAGAAAUAGUACAGGAAAUUCUAAUGAAGGAAGCCCCAAAGAAAGUUGAAACAAACAUAGAAGGAAAUGUAUGCUUUGCUUGUAGAAUGAAGUUUGAUACUAUUCAGAAACUAUCCCAACACAUAAGUAUUUGUGAUAACGCCACAAGAACUUGCCUUGAAUGUGGUCUUCUGUGUGAUUCUAGAAAGAAAAUGCUGCAGCAUAGAAUGUCCCACAAUACUUUAAUGCCACUGACUUGUGCUUGCGGAAAGCGGUUCCAAAGUGAAGAGUUGCUGACGGAUCAUUUCCGAGUGUGUCAUAUUGAUUACAUGGCAUUGCUUGGUUGUAAUUUUCGGUGUAAGCAAUGUGGUGAGUGUUUUAAGGAGAGGUUUCAGUUGUACCGACAUGCAAGAGCACAUAUUAUGAAGGCUCAAGAAAGGGCGUGUGAUAUUUGUGGACAUAGUUUCAUUGGGGAUGAAGCUCUAUCAAAACAUAAGCUGGAGGAACAUAAUAAAAGUGACAAUACUCUGUACAGAUGCAAAGUCUGUGGAAUAACCUCAUCAAACCGUAAAGAGAUCUACACACACAUAUUAGGCCACACAAUCAAAACGGAACCCACCCGUCACCUCUGUGAAUCUUGUGGCCGUAGCUUCAGCACACACACAUCUCUAGCUCGACACGCUGUUCUGCAUAAAAAUACUUACAGUUGCACUUUGUGUGAGGAAAAGUUUACAUGUAUGCGCUUGAGGGAUGAGCACGUGUUUCAGCAUAGGGAAAUGGCGAUGUGCGAGAGAUGUGGGAAAAAUAUUUAUUGCUGUGAGUUGGAAAAGCAUUCAUGCUUUUGAUUAGGGAGCUAUGCAUCCUGCGGGCUAAGCACGGUCGAUUUUUUAUCGCCUUUCAUCCUGUCACGUUUUAACAUGUAUGUAAGUGCGAUAGUGAUAGGUGAUAAAAAUGCCACUGCUGGUUUACGCAAAUACCUCUUAGUUUAGAAACCCAUCUGGGGACUUGAUUUUGAAUCUGAUCCAUGAUUCUGA